AUGACUACUCUCAUCCGAUUCAGUCUCGUCUUCUUGACCCUAUUCGGUACAAUCCAAGCCGAACAAAUGCUCGCGUUCGCCCCCGUGACUGCUCUAGCACGCUGGGAUGGUCUCGCUCCCCGACAACUUUUCGGUGACUGUCCAGCAUCAACCCAGACUCUCUGUCCCGACAAACUCGGUUGCUGUCCCAAAGGUGUCGCGUGCACUUAUUCCCGCAGCAUUCCCGUAUGCGAGGAAUCAUGCAAAGGAGGGCCCACCUGUCCCCAAGGCGGUUGUUGUCAAGUUGGAUACAUUUGUGGAACGACCAACAAUUUCUGCACACCUGCACCAACUGCUCCGCCGAAGAAGGUUGAUAAUAAAGAGGAAGCGGUUGAAGCGCCUGUGACUUCUGCUCCUAGUACUACGCCAACCGGUGCUACAGAAGACGCCGAUGAGCACGAAGAGACUACUUCAAGGCCUAGUACACCAACCGUACGAGCAUCCUCUUCUCAUCAUGUGGUCUCCGCAACCAAAACAGCUACUGCGACAACUGCGCGCGAUGGUUCCAAGUACGUCGGUGUACCCAGCGGCUCGAAUACAAAGUCACCCAGCCAAUCUGCCCAGGCCACCAAUUCGGGGGCAUCAUCUCACGCAAGUAGUUUAUCGAUUGGGAAUUGA